AAACCUGAGGACAGAGAGAAGUGCAUGAAAGCUAUAGAUGAUUCUAGAAAAGUUAAAAAGGCUAGGCAAGAAGAAAAAAAAGAGGUUAGAGAUGCUGUAAAUGAGAAUAUGAUUGAUAUUCCAUCGGACACAGAAGAUGGCACAGGGCUUGAUGAUAUUGGAAGCUCUCAACCGCGAGCAGUGGGUCCUAUGGACAGAUUCACAAUGCCUCUCGACUCUAGUUUUUUGGGUUCCACCAAAAAUUUUCAGCAGCAAAAAAUUACUGAACAUAUAAUGAAAGAAAGGUUGCACAAGUUGAAGAGAUAUACUGCAAGGUGGAUAUAUGUGCAAGGAAUACCGUUCAAUGCAAUCAAUUGUGAUGAGUUCGACCAAGUGCUUGAAGCUGCUGGCCGCUUUGGGCCAGGUGGAAAGAAGCCUUACCAACAUGAGCUGCGAGAGAAACUACUGCAUGAGGAAGUAGAAGAUACAAAGAAGCUGCUCAAGGAACAAGAACUAGAAUGGGUGAGAACUAGAAGAAAUUGA